AUGAAUUCAAUUUUGAACUCAUUGAAUGAUUUCAUUUCCUCGAAAUCGAUGAGGGAGUAUGCGAAGAAGGAAUGGAAUGCGAUUCUAUGGGUUGCGUUGAUUACGAUCACUGUUCUUUUGCUUGAAAAGGUUUUCAAGCUGUUUAGAUUAUGGUCUAAAGCUAGGAAGAUACCUGGACCGCCUUGUAACUUCUUUUUUGGCCAUGGAAACCUCAGUUCUCGUGAGAAUUUCAUCGAUCUUUUAUCGGAAUCUCAUGAUAAGUAUGGAUCAGUUUUCAAGUUGUGGUUGGGGCCAACUCAGCUUCUGGUUUCUAUAAAGGAUCCAACACUUAUCAAAGAGAUGCUUUUGAAAGCUGAGGAUAAAUUGCCGUUCAUUGGGAAGGCAUUUCGUUUGGCCUUUGGACGAUCAAGUCUCUUCUUUUGUUCGUACGACCAGGCACAAAAGAGAAGAGAGUCACUGGCAUUGGAAUUGAAUAAUAAAAUGCUUGGAAAGGCAAAUGCAAUCCCUAAAAAUGUUGUGGACUGUAUCAUGGAAAGAGUAGAUGCUAUUAUGAGCAAAGGAAGUGUUGAGUGUAAAUUAGUUUCGCAGCAUAUGGCUUUUACCAUCUUGGGGACCAUGCUUUUUGGAGAUAUGUUCCUGGCUUGGUCCAAGGCAACUUUUUAUGAGGAGCUUCUGAUGAUGAUUGCCAAAGAUGCUUCCUUUUGGGCUUCAUAUAGAGUUACACCUUUCUGGAAGAGGGGAUUUUGGAGGUACCAGUCAUUGUGCACGAAGUUGAAAUGUUUAACUCUAGACAUUGCUCAACAAUGUGGAAAAAAUUACAGACUAUUUUGCCAUACGGAUCAAAACUCUCACAUUGGAACUGAAAAAGUUGGAAUAAAGGGUGUAUCUGGUGCACCACCUUCUUCCAGUGUUGAGAUGCAACAUAAAUUUUUCUCACAGGAGCUUGAUGGCCAUGGUAACGCAAGAGAAGAACCUUGUGGAAAUAUUAUGGGUGUGAUGUUUCAUGGAUGCAUAGCCACGGCAAGUUUGAUUGGUAGCAUCCUGGAGAAGCUUAUUACAGAUGUGGAGAUACAGGAUAAGAUAUACUCCGAGAUAAUGAAGGUAAAGAAGGGUUCAGUGAAAGAAGAUCAAAAUAUUCAGAAGAUGCUUUUGUUAUUGGCAACCAUUUAUGAAUCGGCCCGUCUUCUGCCGGCAGGACCUUUGCUGCAGAGAUGCUCUUUGAAAGAUGAUUUGAUUCUUAAAAAUGGUGUAGUCAUUCCAGCUGGAGCAGUGCUUGUUGUGCCUGCACAAUUGCUCCAGAUGGAUGAUUCUAGUUGGGGCAGUGAUGCAAGCAAAUUUAAUCCAUAUCGAUUCUUGUCAAAAGCUGGAAAGGAUUCUGAUUUGGUGCAGGAUACAUCACAUACAGAAGAAGCUGUUGGUCCAAUUCAGGGUUCAUUCAUUUUGAAUGAUCCAAAUGAUAAUGCAGCAUUUCUUCCCUUUGGUUCUGGCAUGCGGGCCUGUGUGGGUCAGAAAUUUGUAAUCCAUGGAGUUGCCACUUUGUUUGCUUCAUUGCUUGAAUGCUAUGAGGUAAGGCUCCAUCCUCAAUUGGGAAAUGACCCUAAAUCAACAACUGGUCCAGAGAUAGUGUUUGUGAGAAGAAACGUCUGA